AUGGACCCUGGACGACAGGCAAUGAUAGAUGGUGGGAAAUCGCCCCAACGGCUAGGCAGGGACAUCACAGGCCCACGGCGCGAUCCAACCAACCGCAUCUCCAAGCCCUCGAAACCAAGCUCUUCGAACGCCGCAGCCAAUGCCGCCCGCUUUCUAAGCCAAGACGAUCAAUCUAGGAAGUUCGUGGCCGAUGAAGACAAGUUCGUCCUCAAGCAGUCCAAGAAGAAGGCCGACAUACGAGUCCGAGAGGGACGGGCCAAACCCGCCGACUAUCUGGCUUUCAAUCUCCGUUAUAUCGACAGCGACCGGGACGUCAUCGACGAUGAUGAGGGGGAUUUCGAGAUCGAAGUGCCAUCACCCGAGAGCAUAGUGGAUGGGUCAAGCUUGGCAGCGCUGAAGGAGCUGGAGGAGGGCAUCAAAUCCUUCCACACCCUGGAGACCAGUCAGAGGAAUCGCGAGUAUUGGAGCUCUCUUCUCGUACUUUGCAACGAUCGGAGGACCAAGUUGCAGGGAAAUGAUCACGAAGGUCGCGCAGUCAGCUCUGUAUCCUCAGACGUCGACAGGAUUCUUGGUCCGAAGACGUUUGAGCAACUCGAGAGCUUGGAGAAGCAGAUCAAGGCGAAAUUACAGUCGGACGAGCAGAUCGACACCGACUACUGGCAGGGGCUCCUGAGAAACCUGCUAGUUUACAAGGCGAAGGCGAAGCUCAAGAAAAUUUGCGAAGCUGUCAAGGAGAGCCGCAUCGAGCAGUUCAGGCUGGUGAACCCAGCCAAAGCUGAUGCUCUCGCGUCGGCUAGCGGUGACAGUUCCAGGGCUGUGAUCGCCUCAACAGGGAGCACUUCACGAGCGCCGAACCCGCCGGCCGCUUCUUCCUCCGCCGCCGCUGGUGCAGGGUUCGCUGACCCUGAGGGCAGUAAUCCGCCACCUGGGACUGCACGGUUUGCUUCGAGUGGCGCGCAAGACUUUUCCCAGGCUACCAGGGCCCUCUACGAACGUGAGGUUGCGCGCGGGAUAAGCGAAAAUGAGGAGAUCUUCACGGCAGAGGAGGCUGUCCCCAGCGCCGCGAGCCCGAAAUGGGCCGACAAAUAUCGACCUCGCAAACCCCAAUACUUCAAUCGUGUUCAGAUGGGAUACGAGUGGAAUAAAUAUAACCAAACCCACUACGAUCACGACAACCCGCCCCCCAAGGUGGUCCAAGGGUACAAGUUCAACAUCUUCUACCCCGACUUGAUCGACAAGACCAAGGCACCCACAUUCAAGAUCAUUAGGGAAGGCGGCCGCCGGAGAGGAGAGUCCUUUGCCGCGGCUGGAGAGGAGGAUACGUGCCUGCUCCGAUUCAUCGCAGGUCCGCCGUAUGAAGACAUUGCAUUUCGAAUCGUGGACCGGGAAUGGGACUACUCAGCGAAGAGGGAUCGGGGCUUCCGCAGCAGCUUUGACAAGGGCAUUCUUCAAUUACAUUUCCAGUUCAAGAAGAUUUACUACAGAAAGUAA